GGCAGUGGUGGCCCAGCCGCGGGCCCGGCAGGAAGUCGAGAGUGGGUGGUGAGACGGGAGUGGUACGGUGUGAUAGAGGACUGGUUGAGUGACGCAUGUUGCGGUGCUGAAGCAAACGGGAGCAUCGUCAGAAUUAUUGGCCGUCCUACAAAAAUACGGAGUCGGUGAUAACUUGGCCUCAAGUGAAGGAAAUUCAAGAGUAGCGUCACAGCUAUCAACAUACCGUCUCGUCACGUCGGAGUCACGUCACGUCAGUCACAUCAGUGUCACGGCCGUGACCGUGAGGCCAACCGCGUCACACAGGAGCGGCUACACAUCAGUCGUGCAGUCGGCGAGACUCGGGUGUGGAGCUGAAACGCCCUCGCGGCGGCCGUUGAACUGUGACUGCGCCUGUGAUCAGGCCAGGGACUGCGCCUGCGACUGAGGUCAAAUAGCUGCUCUAGUGACUGAGUUCAAAUACUGCGCUAGUGACUGCGGAUAGAAUCUGCUGCGCCUGUGUGACUGAGACUGUGUCAGGGAAAGCAGCAUCCGACAGUGACUGAUCAGUGUCGACUGCCGAACGGUGCGGACUUGGACUGUCGUCCCCCCGCGGCCGGUGACCUAUUGACUGUCCCCGCGGCCGCUAACCCUCUCUAAGGCGGCCAUGCCUCGCCGCCGCGAAGAGGUGCCCGUGGACAUUCCCCCAGAGGAAUCCUCAGUCACCCAGUACGACUCUCCAAGUGACAGCACCCAGUCGGACCGCAGCUCUCAGUCCGGCCACACGACCCACAGCACGUCUGUCCAUAGUAACCGCAGCAGGCGGCUGGCCGCGCCCGUACCGGUACACGCGCAGGGCCUGUACCGCGCCGAUGGCAUGGGGUACGGGGAUUCGGACGGUGGGGCGCCGCUGCGACGCGCUCCAAGCUCACGAGGUGUCAGAGACAUGUACGAUCCCGAGCUGCAUGAUGAGCCACCGCUGCCGCCGGCCAGAGCCAAGGAACCCGUCAGCGGAGACAGCCUCUCGUACGGCUCCCAGCCGGAGUACGUGCACUACGUGAACCCGCCGCCUCUGAGCGGCAUCGGCCCGUACUCAUGGGCCGACUCAACGUCGGGAACAUCACAGGAGCUGUACUUCCGGGGCCACCGGAAGUACUUCCGGCGCUCGUUCUGCAGCGUCUGCCUCAGCGUCUCCAUCGUCACCGUCAUCAUCGCCGUCAUCGGCAUCGUCGCCAUCGCCGCCUACCUCGGAGUGAUGACGACAGAUGACAGCGAGGCCAUGAAAUAUGAAAUGCAAUAUCUCGGCAAGUUCCGCGUGGCGCGAGGUGACUUUUUCCACCCGAGCCUGGCGGACACCAGCUCUGUAGACUUCCAGGACAAGGCCGAACGCUACCAGAAAAUGAUUGAGACGCUGUACGGGUACAGCUACCUGUCGGACGCUUUCCGACGAGCGUCCGUGGAGCGGUUCGGCAACGACUCCCUCACGGUCUUCUUCAGGGUGCACCUGGACCGGAGGCGGAUACCCACGACGGUGCUGAACACGGAGGAGGCGGUGCGGGACGUGGUGACCCAAGAGGUCAUGUCGCUGGAGCCCCGGGCCUUCCGCAGCAUUUCCGUCGACAUCGACAGCAUCGAGAUCAAACGGGAGCAGAAGGACGGAGCCUCGAACGCCGCCUUCAUCUCACGCGGAGGUGGCGGCAGCCGACGCCAGGAGACCGGACCUACCAAGGCAGUGGACCAGGAGCAGGACGAGAUGUCCCCCUCUCCGGCCUCGGCGUCUCCUGAACAACCAGACUCUGCCAGCGACUCGGGGAACGCGCCGUCCGUCCCAGACUCAGCGGUUGAGCCGGCCAGGGCACAGCCGUCCACGGAAAAGGUAGCUGAUGGGAAGAUGACAACGAAGGAGGAAAACGAAAAUGACAGAGAUCCAGCACAGAUACCGGAAGAGGAGGUGGUCAAAGAACAGACGAGUUCCUCUGACGACCACAAAGAAGAGCAAGGUUCCGGGGAACCUAUCCAGAGGACGAACAGCGCUGAAGGAGACGAGAAGUCAAAGAUGUCUGCGGAAACUGGCAGUACGGAACCAAGCACCAUCAGCAACCCGAGUGCUGAAGGCAACCAGCCGGACAGUAACAUCACAGAACCAGCCAGUGCCAUCACUGAUCAGACACAGAGGCUGGAAGACGUGCCAGCAGCGGAGACGUCGCCUAAGAGCCCAAAUGAGGGAAGCACUGAGGUGUCUGAGGCCGACACUCGUCAUGAAGACAGCACUUCUCCUCCGCCGGCGCCAGUCUCCGAUUCAACCGACACCCAAAGCCCUCCGGUGAACGAUCCUCCUGAGGACCUCACACCGAGCGACCAUGUCACGGACAUCCACGCUCCCGGACACCGAACCACAGAAGACGAUUCACUAAGUGGCGGUUCCACCAUUGAUCCAUCCCUGGGUGACCGUACUCCGGCUGACCUCCAGCAAGAUAAGGGCCAACCGAACUCCAAUGUGGCUGCAGGAGAGACUGCAUUUUACAGCGAUGCUGAUGACAACUACUAUUAUGACGACUACUACGACGUUGCGACUGAGGCUUCUGUCGAGCCUUCCGACGCUGGCGAGCUACCCGUCUCGUCGGAAGCGAUCGACCCACCCAGUGCGUUCGGUCCGACUGAGCCCAUCCCGCUGGAAGUGGCCACCGAAUUGGCCCCGUUCCUCUCAGCCGGCGUGGCACAGGGCGUCGACAGGGUCGGGUACGUCGAUCCCUCUGCGCCUGCCAACUCCCAGACGGACAUCGAGACCGUCCAGCCCGCGGGCUAUCCGGAGUUCGCGGAUGUCCAGGUCGGCACGGCGUACUUCGGUGGUCUGGCUCCUGCCCCGACUGCGGCUCCGACUGCGGCUCCGGCUCCGGCUCCGGCUCCGGCUCCCGCCUGGCCUCAGCUGGGAUCUCCGGUUUCGGCUUCGGCUCCGGCCUCGGGCAGCCAGCAGGGCAACUGGCCCCAGCUGCAGACACCAGCGCCCGCCACGAACAGCCAGGAGGAAGCCCCUGUCUACGACUACAGUCCGUGGAACCCCAUCAUCCCGGCAUUCGUGCAGGCUGGUGGCCAGCCCGGGCGGCCCGGAAGCCUGUUUACGGACGGAGGCGGCGUUCGGAGGGGUGGGGAUUAUCCACCGGCGGUGACCGUCCGACCGCGACCCGUAACAGACCGGACCGGACAGGGAAACGAGCCAAGCGGCGUCGAGACAGACGUAGGAAGCACACCGGCUCCUGAGGUGACCACCAGCCGUGGGCCGUUUGUAGAGGAUACACAGCAACAACAGCAAACGCAGCAGCAACAGCAACAACAACAGCAGCAGCAGCAGCAGCAGACGCAGCAGCAGCAGUCGACAGGAGCAGGCUCGGUUGCGGCUCGACCCCCAUACGCAUCCAUUCCGAUCCCAGAAAGCGUAUCCAUACAGCAGACUCUGCGGAUUCUCCCCAGGGAGGAUGACGUUGACCCUGCACCGCAGAGGCAGCCGAUUUCAACGUUCGCUCGCCCUUCGUCCUCAGACUUCUUCCGGUCUGGUUCGACCCCUGGCACCUCCGAAACUACCAACCGUCCGCGUCCCUCAUCUCGACCAACAGCGCGACCCACCGUCGCUAACACAGAAUACCACACUGAGGUCAGCACCUCUGAGGUCAGAGAGGAGAGUCAACAGGCGCCGGGUGACGCAGCUCGACCCAGACCGAUCACGGACGGAUUCGACCUACUGGAGCCAGCCGGAGGCGUGGACAGACUCGGAAUCGCCUUCUUCACACGUCCGCCAACCCGCCGACCGGUGCCAGCACCGACAGCCACCACCACACGGCGGGUGGUGGUGGUGAACGCGGCUCCGGUCGGAGACGAGCGUCGUCCAAUCAAACCUGAGAAACUCAGACCGACGAGGCCCGAACAGCCACCAGUGACAUCAUUCUCCGGAGUGUACCCUCCACUUCGACCCAGGCCAGUGCCGGGAGCGAACAGACCGCCACAACUCCAGCAGCAGCCUGACCAAACUGACAGCAGACCAGCGGACCGUCCUGUCGGAUCUGACAUCGCCCAGCCUGUGGUGGUCUCUGCCCAACCAGACGCCGCUUCGGUUCCACCGUCCGCCAGGCCUGCGAUACCCUCGGGAAUGGGCGGUGUGCUGGCGGGGGCGCUGGGCGGUGCGCUCAGCGGUGCUCCGGACGGACCCAGUGCACCAGACGAUGUGUCCGCACCGAGCCGAGAGCAGCUGCUCAACGUGUUCCGGCUGAUCGCGCUCCGCUACCCGGCGCUGGUGGCUAACAUGGACCAGCAGCAGCUGCAGCUCCUGCUGAACGACGAAGAGGCUCGCCGCAAGCUGCUGGCGCCCUUCCUGGGCACCGACAAGAGCCGCACUUCUGGCGAGCCACAGCGUACCAACACCAAGCUGCUCGAGCUGGCCAACAUCUCCAUCAACGGCACACAGGCGGACCGGCGGGGUGCCGAGCGCGCGCUGCGCCGCGAGGUACCCAGCGGAGCGGUCGAGAACGGAGGUCCGCCGCCGCGCCGGCCCACCUUCACCCGCCUGAGCAGCUCUGUCCUGCAGGCGCUGGCUAACUUCACCCGUGUGAAGGUGGCCGGCGGCAGCGGCCCAGUGUCCAGCCCGCCGGCGACGGGUUCCUCCGGCAGUCUGUCCGACCGGUUACAUAAGCUGAAGGGGUUCCCGGUCCACGCCGUCCCAACUCGGACGCCUCUGCACAGAGACAACUCAACCGCGAGCGGCAGCUCGCGCGACAAGCUCUCCGACAAGCUGAUGAGGUUCCACGGCGAACGGACCAACGCCGACGGAGGUGAGUAUGGCAGGGCGCCGCUGUUCGCAGCGCUGCAGGGCACGACGGUGGCAACGCCACUCGGCCACCGCCGCAACCAGCGGCAGCCGACGCGACUGCCCAACAGCUCCCCAGUUCACGUGAUCCACUACCGCGAGGGCGAGAGCGUGAAAGACAUCCUCGACAAGAUCUUCGCCCGUUUCCAGCAGAAGCCUGGGCAGAACGAGCUGCGACUCUCUGCUGAAAAGCCUUGGGCGGGAGUGGGGGCGAGUCGACCUCUGGUCACCGCCACAAGUCAGACUGUUCCUACUACCGAGCGUCCGUCAGCAGCACCAUCCCGGCCUGAAGUGUCGAGCUCCGAGAAAGUAGCUAUUGUGGUGCUGCCUGGACGUCCCAUGAGCUCGCCACCUGCGACCUCCGCAGAACCCACAGAGGUCAGAGCAGAGCAGCAGGACCUUUUGGGAUUGACGGAGGCCAGCUCGUUGGAGGUCGACUCGGUAGAGCUCGACUCGGCAGAAGCCAGCUCUGUGGAGGCUGGCUCUCCUGAGGUGGCGGAGGAGGCUGACAAUGAGGUCGGCACGUCCCAGCCGGCUGGUCCGACCGACGGGGGCCGUCCGUCGUCCCGACCCACCCUGGUCUCCCUGCUCCGGAACAAAACCGUCGCCACCUGCACAGAUCCGACCGACUUCGCCUGCCGCACUCUGGGCGGGUGUGUACCGGCCACAUCGCGCUGCGAUCGCCUGCUCGACUGCGCUGACGGUAGUGACGAGCGUGACUGCACGUGCGCUGACCGGCUGCGCGCCCAGGCGCUGCACGCCAAACUCUGCGACGGAGUGCUCGACUGCCACGACGCGAGCGACGAACAGUUCUGUGAGUGGUGUCGGCCCGACCAGUUCAUCUGUCCGGAGGCCAAGCAGUGUGUCGACCGCAGCGCCCUCUGUGACGGCCGGUUCGACUGCGCAGAUGGCGCUGAUGAGCGCCACUGUGUGACACUAGCCGGCUCAGCGGCGGAUGCAGCGGAGGCGGACGGGCGGUAUAGCUCGGCAGGGUUACUGGUGGUGCGACGGCGCGGCGUCUGGGGACGCCUCUGCGUGGACAGCCUGGACGGAACGGUGCGGCAGAGCCGCGGCUCCUGGGGAGCGGAAGAGCUCGGCAGGGCUGUCUGCAAGGCACUCACCUACCAAGAUGCGAAGUCCGUGAGGUCUGUUGGACCAAACGUGGCCGAGUCUCAAGUGGAGCCAACUGAAGACCCGUUCUUCAAGCUGCUCUUUUCACCGAAUACCGUUCUACCGGAGGCAGAAAAGGCCAGCCUGGUGUUCGCUGAGGAUAUGUGCCCCCGUGAGACGGCACUGCACGUCACCUGCGGACAGCUACAGUGCGGUCUGCGACCCCGGGCAAAACAGCGGCAGGCGAGGAUCGUGGGUGGUGGCAACUCCAGUCCGGGCGCCUGGCCCUGGCAGGCAGCCAUGUAUAGGGACGGGGAGUACCAGUGUGGAGCUACACUCAUCUCAGACCGCUGGCUGCUCUCCGCCGGUCACUGCUAUCUCAGGUCGACCACACGCUACUGGCUGGCCCGGCUGGGAGCGUACCGUCGCGGCGGUAGCCUCCUCUCGCCCUACGAGCGGCUCCAUGAGGUCUCUCACGUGAUCAUGCACCCGGACUACCAGGAUGUCGGAUAUGUGCACGACAUCGCGCUGCUCCGACUGAGAGAGCCCGUCCAGAUGAGCGACUUUGUGCGGCCGGCAUGCCUGCCGCCGCCCCAGAGCGAGAUUCAGAACGGCGCCCUCUGCACAGUGGUCGGAUGGGGACAGCUCUUCGAGUCCGGCAAAAUUUUCCCGGACACCCUGCAGGAGGUGCAGGUGCCUCUCAUCUCCUCCCAGGAGUGCAAGAAGCGCACAGUGUUCCUGCCCCUAUACAAAAUCACUGAGAACAUGUUUUGCGCGGGCUACGAGCGAGGCGGCCGAGACGCCUGCCUGGGUGACAGCGGCGGCCCGCUUAUGUGCCAGGAGCCGUCCGGCGAGUGGACGCUAACCGGUAUCACCAGCAACGGGUACGGCUGCGCACGCGCCGGCCGGCCCGGCGUCUACACCAAGGUGGCCAACUACGCCAGUUGGAUUGAUGACGUCAUUGAGGGGCCACUGCCGCCAGCAGCGCGGCACGGCUGCCGCGGUCACAGGUGCCGACUAGGCCGCUGCCUCAGCCCCUCGGAGGUGUGUGACGGCAUCGUCCACUGCUCCGACGGCAGCGACGAAGAUCAGUGUCCCACCAAGGCGCCGUCAACCACCGCUGCCUCCGAGGGCAGUCGACGGUCAUAGCGGUAGAAAGUGCUUGAAACUACCCAGUUUGGUAGUUUAGCCGGGGCGAGUAAAGUCCAGCAUACAGGACGGGCAUUAGGAAUGGACCGAGGGUGGUCCGAAAGGAAGAGAGCAAGGAAAGAGAGACGGAGAAAUAGGAAGAGAGGCAAGCAUUAAAGGCCAGUGGUCAGUGAACGGUGAAAUACACAGGACUCCCAAUACAGGCGCCUGAUGGCCAACAGUGUCGUGUUGAGACAUAAUGCAGAAACCGACACUAAACUAGGUCUUGGGCAUGGACCUCUAGUGGCCUAAACUAGAGCUGAGGCGUUGUAUACUUGGUGACUCGCGCGACACCGAGAUGAGUUCGGUUUGUGAAACUCUGCGCAAGUGAUCCCCUGUCCCCGUGCGGUCCGGAUGGCGGAUGGUGCUGGGACAAGUGCCGUUUGUGAACCGUUUGCUACCAACACGGCGCGUCUGAUCGCCUGACCUCACAGACGUCAGGCGGUGACGUGUGUGACCGUGACGAGUAGCCGGUGAUGUGACCGUUGUGACGUGUACACAUGCUGUGCGGGGAAGGGUCUGCCGCAGAGCAUGUGACGAUGACAGCUUGCGGGAGCAGCCGCCAAGCCGGCCUUGUCACUUGCUCGCUAAAUAGCGACGACUUAUGGUAGUGUUGAGAUAAGCCCAGUGGUGACACUAACAAGCGUCAUAUCUCAGUGUGAAUGCUUCCGCACUUGUAUGCUUUCCAGUGAUGACCAAGUUUACACAUUUAUGGAUGUGGGAUCAGUGUGGUAUCGAUGUAUCUACAAACCCUGAGACUUUCUCAGCAGCUUGUUGAAUUUGCAUAUUUAUACCACUCCCGCCCGAGGGCAUUGUUUUAUCGUUAUGUGUGUUUGAAGAGUGAGCCAAUAUGUCCCUGUACACGGUAACUACUUUGACAGAAUGUAUUGCGUUACGGGCAGGGCGCGACCGACCGCCGUUCGCCCUGCUCGCUCGUUUCCGCGGCAUGCAUACACUGUUGAAUACACUGUACAGCUCUA